AUUUCGAGUCGGAAAUACAUGAAAGAAGCAGGUGCCAUGUCCCAUGUGCCAAGAAAGAAAAAGGAGAACGUGAAAAGCAGCACUAAACAGUGACGCCCAGGGUGGGAAUUAAAGCCGGGCUGGCCGCACGUGCCACGCCGCCCUGCGCACCACAAACUGCCAUUCCCAGGGCUUCCUCCUCCCUUGGUGGCUUCCUCCGCAUUCCUGUGUGGAAUCCCGGCCGGUUGACUGCUGUGGACCUCACGGACUCAUGAGCCAGCAAGAACGCGCGCGACUGCUCUCGCUGCAGCUGCCUACCCAUAUUAUCAACAGCGCAACCAAAAUUGGCCACAAUUGCAGGCCAAACACAGCGCUCCAAAUUCGUUUCCCAAUCACUGACGACGCGAGCAGCUGAGAGGUGCAUAAAAAUAUAUUUUAAAAAAAGAAUCCACUACUACUAGAUUGGCUAUUGGGCAAGAGAGAGGAGCGUGGAGAGGGAGGGGAGGCCGGGAGGAGGCAUAAUUCCCACUCACACUGGCCAACCACAGGGCAAGGGCAUUCUCUCUCUUCCUUCUCCGCUUUGCUCAAGAAAUCCAGCGGAGGCUGGUCGUCUUCUUCACCCUCCCCUCCACUCCAGCUCUCCCCUCCUCGGACCACUGCUGCAUCCGAGAAGCAGCAAAGAAUUGUGGGGGCAGCAAAGGAAUUGGAGUUCUUGCAUGGAUGCAGCCCACUGGCAGCAGGGCCUAGGGCUGGUGAAGCCCAUGGAGGAGAUGCUGAUGGCGGCCAACGCGGGCGCCGCGAAUCCGAGCCAAGGCUCCAAUAAUCCGAACCCGCCGGCGCCGGCACCUGGCGGUGCCCUGCGCGGUGGUGGCGCGCCGGCGGCGCCGCUGGCAGGCGCGGGUAGCACCGAGCGGCGCGCGCGGCCGCAGAAGGAGAAGGCGCUCAACUGCCCGCGGUGCAACUCCACCAACACCAAGUUCUGCUACUACAACAACUACAGCCUCCAGCAGCCACGCUACUUCUGCAAGACGUGCCGCCGCUACUGGACGGAGGGCGGAUCCCUCCGGAACGUCCCCGUGGGCGGCGGCUCCCGCAAGAACAAGCGCUCCUCGUCGUCGGCGUCCGCGUCCGCCUCCACCUCCGCCUCGGUCACGAGCUCGUCCAUGGCCAGCGCGGAGGGGGCGGCGGCGUCCAAGAACCCGAAGCUGGCGCACGAGGGCGCGCACGACCUCAACCUAGCGUUCCCGCACCACGGUGGCCUGCACGCCCCCGAGUUCGCGGCGUUCCCGAGCCUGGAGAGCAGCAACGUGUGCAACCCGGGCGGCGGGAUGACGAGCAACGGCCGGGGCGGCGGCGCGGGCCCCGCGGUCGGCGCGCUCUCGGCAAUGGAGCUCUUGCGGAGCUCCGGCUGCUACAUGCCGCUGCAGAUGCCGAUGCAGAUGCAAGGAGAUUACACGGCGGCAGAGUUCGCGCUCGGAGACUUCCGCACGCCGCCGCCUCCACCGUCGCAGAGCGUGCUCGGGUUCUCUCUGGACGCGCACGGGCCGGGGUCCGGUGCUGCCGCCGCGGGGUACGGUUCCAGCGCGGGAUUGCAGGGAGUGACGGAGAACGCGGGCAGGUUAUUGUUCCCCUUCGAGGACUUGAAGCCGCCGGUUAGCUCUGGAGGUGGUGGUGUGGCCGGUGGUGCAACCGGUGGCGCCGGCGAUGGAAAUAGCAACCAUAAUCAGUUUGACCACAACAAGGAGCAAGACGGCGGCGGCGGUCCGGGUGCCGGCCACGACACGCCGGGGUUCUGGAGCGGCAUGAUCGGCGGCAGUGGCGCUUCUUGGUAAUGGAGAAACAUGCACGGAGGCGGCGCCAUGCAUGGCUCAUGCAGAGCCUCCGUGCGAGCGUGCAUGGGCGACUGGAGACAUAGGCAUGCAGUAGAGACAAGGGUUCAAUAAGAGGUUGGCAUCGGUGGUGGUCGCCCUGACAUGGAAGUGGUGUUUGAUCUCUUUCCUAGUGUUGGUUUCUGGUGGUGUUCUUCAUCUUCUCGCCGUCGCCGUCGCCGUCGCCGUCGCGAGUUCAUGUGUUUUGCUGACCAUCGACUUUAAUGGGGGCUCUAACACACCAGAGAGUACAAAAAUUCAGGGGUCUUGAUGAUACAUAGCUUGAUCGACAUCUCUUGGUCGUCUCUCUCAUUUCUGAUCUUUCACUUGAUCUGCCAUGGUAGCUGCUUCACUGUAGUACCGAGGGCUUGGGAAGCUUGUUUUUAGGCCGGCUUCAAGUUAGACGGUAAACAUCAGUGUGUUCACGCCACACACUGACACAAGGUUUAGUGAAUCAGUGUGUUUGGUUGGUCACAACAACGGGUGCAGUGUGUAAAACUUUGAAGCUACUGGUGUAGAGUUAGUAGAUCUUAAUUUCAAGGGGACUUGCAAGUUUGUGUAUUCAUCCAAAUUACUAGAUGAGAUAUUCAUUUUGUUUUUGACUUGCUACUUUAAUUAUGAUGGAGUAGGCCCAUAUAUAACAGUACCAAGUACUUUUUAUGAGAACAAAGGUUGUUUUUGAGCGCA